AUGUCCUACCCGUAUGACGACGACGAUACCAUGCAUCCCGACGAUGCUUCCCCGUGGAGCUUCCACGAUGCAAGGGCGACUUCUUCCACGCCCGAUGACAUGGACUCGUCUGCACCUUCCCGACCGAGGGCGAGUACACGUCAGGGACCACGGAUCAGUCGGCAUAGCAGUCUGCCGAGAGUGCUGUUUGGAUCGGGAAGUGCAUCGAUAUUCGGGUCUGGGUCGGCGAGGAUGGAGGAUGAGCAGGAACAAGAACAUGACCAUGACCAUGACCAUGAACAUGAACAUGAACAGCCUGCUGAGAGACCACCAUUGUUGUCCUUACAACCGCCGAGCCAAGAGCAAGUCGAUGGGGUCAGGCCGGCCUUGUCUACACUCCCACCCACACCCAAGAGGCCGGUCAAAUUAUCACGAACUUCAGGCCAAGCAGAUGUCAACCUGACACACUUGUCCGAGGUGGAGAAGGAGGCAGAUGAUCCUACGGCCAACCUCGCAUCCUCGUCGAGAGGUACGGUGGAUCGACAGCAGUCCACUACACUCACCACUCUCAGCCGCCUCUUCGCCGUCCAGUCUGCCGUCUCGCCCGAAGCAUCGAGACAUAGCUCCUACCUCUUCAACCAACAUCAACACUCCUACGAACGCAACAUACAUACCAACAACAUCCCGGACCUCCCAAACCAUCUCUACACUCGCGGACUACUAGAAGGCAAGCACUCCGACAUCACCGUCAAUGCCUUUGGUCAGAAGUACCGCCUACAUCGUCUCGUCCUCGACCAAGCCCCCUUCUUCACCUCCGCUCUCUCCGCGCCUUGGUUGGAAGCGGACGCCAAGGAAGUCACGGUCCACCCAGAAGACCUAGACGCCUCCAUCACCCAAAGCAGCUUCGAACUAGCACUCAAACGCCUCUACGGAGCAAGUACCCUCCAAGAGGAAGAUGGCGAAGCCGUCGGUCUCUUCGCCACAGCCUGCUGGCUUGAGAUGCAAGAUCUCAUCGAUGAUUCCAUUGGAAGCAUGCUCCGACACAUGACGCCUGAGACUAUAAGUCCGCUUAUCAAGCUGGUGACGAGUAAUUACUAUGGCCGGUCUGGGGACAAGAUUCUUGCUAGUGCCAAGGCGAUGUUGUGUCGAGACGGGUGGCGGAUGCCGAUGCGGUAUUGGGACGGGAUUCCGGGAGACAUUAUUCGGGAGAUAGUGGGUGGGGAUGGUUUCUUUAUUGAUGGGGAAUGGGAUCGGUGGGUGCUUGCGAAGACGAUUCUGGAUCGGAGGUUGAGGUUGAGGGCUAUUGAAGGUGGAUUGGUGGAGGCCGGUAGGAGGAGGGUACGGAGAGCGCCUGACACGGCUAACCUCAUGGCUGUGCGGUUCGAUGGCGUGUAUCGUAAGAAUGGCGGUGGAGCUAGAGGUAUGCCUGAUGCUUUACAGCCCUGGAUCGCACCAUACACUCACCCGGAUGUCGAGCCUAUACUGGUCUUACUAGAUGAGGGCAUCCACUACAUCCACCUCGACUUCGAGCAGCUACAGUUCAUCCGCCGCGCACGAGAUAUCCUGAGCCUACCAGUGAUGCCGGAGAAAGUAAUCGCCAGCGCACUUUGGCAGCAAAUGGAAUUGCGACAGAAGGUCCUGAAUGCCGACGAACAUAACAUGGAGCUCAAUCUCUCUGAGACUUGUACAGAUGGCGACGAUGGCAGUGUGGCUGGAGGCGGGAGGCGUGAUACUACUAUGAGCAUUACCACACCCUCCGAACCCCCGACCACGAGCGGCAAGGGCAAGAGUAGACAACUAGAAGCUCAUCCCGACGAGCUUGAAGACGAGAUCGAGAGCGGGAGCUGGGAUGGCAAUGGCAAGCCAAGGAAAUUCUGGAUUCCGGGUAGUGACUGCAAUAUCGUGAUGGGCGGGCGAGAUGAACCCGUCAUCGCGACGACGAAUAAUGGCACUUUGCAGCGACAUGCGACCCGGCUUUCUGCCACGAUCCAGCCGGAAGAUAUCCAGUGGGCGGCUGAUUUCGCGGCCAUGACCUCGCAGCCUCGACCUCAGACGGCCGGCUCGGACGGCAUCAACAACGGCGAUUCUGCUCCUCCAUUAGCAGAGGUACGGUAUACGCACUUCCCACCUUUCCGCUUCGCGGCCGAAUUCCCGAACCCGCGGUUGCUGAAGGAGAAGAAGCGAGUGUAUAGUCGCACGGUCUUCUACGCGGGCAGUCUGUGGAAUAUCUAUAUUCAGAAGGUGGCGACUAGUCGGAAUAAACAGUUGGGUGUUUAUUUGCAUCGGGCGAAGGAGCGAGAGACGGAGGAUUUGGUUGCGGGGGGAUCGGGGAUUGGAGGGGGGGUGGGGGUGGAUCAGAGGAUCGGGACGUUGGAAAGGGAGAUGGUGGGUGGGAGGGGGGGAAGGAGGAGGGAGAGGAGGUUGAGGCGGCUGGAUGGUGGGGAAGGGGAGGAGAGCGAGGGGAGUGUGCCGGGGGAUUUGGAUAGUGCUGUUACUGGUGCAGGUGGUGCGACGGAGAGCGCGAGAGCGAGUACCAUGCGCUCGCUCCUCGGCCGCGGCGCGGGAGCCCCACGACCAGGGCAGAAGGAAGCUGGACAACCCCCCGGCACAUCAAUGGGAGCCGGAAAUAUGCCCUUCACCGACAGCGAACACGAACACGAUCACUACGAUCUCAACGAUUCCGACCUCCUCUCCUCCGACGACCCCUCGGACUCCGAACACCCCCCUCUCCCCCCCGCCCCACCUCGUAUCCCAACCUUACCCCCCUACGUCGACGCCCGACCGACGAUCAAAACGUAUUUCAAAAUCUACUCGCCUUCGCGGGGGGGAAGGAUGUUGAGUGUGUAUGAGAGCGCGCCGGAUAAGUUUAAUUUCUCGCAGAGCUGGGGGUGGAAGAGUAGUACGCUUAUGCUCGAUGAGGGGUUGCUUGGGUCUGGUGGUGGUGGUGUCGGUGGGGGUGGGAGUCCGGGUGGGGUGGGUGGUGGUACGGGGGAUGAUGAGGGGAUGGGUGUGGGUGGGGUGGAUGAAUUGGGGGUGAAGGGGAGUGGGAGGGGGGAUGGGCGGUUGAGGUUUAUGGUUGUUAUUGGGAAUAUCUGA